CUCACAUCCACUCAACAGCGCAUUAAGAUCAGUCUGACUCCUAAGUGGGUUUUUUGGAAGAUAUCUGAUUGGUAGAUCUCGGCUUACAAUUUGUAAUAAAAAGUGAUCUUGGGCUUGAAGGUUGGUUACCACUGUUUUACAGUGUGGUAAUAGUAAUUUAUAUCGAGGUAUUUUUUACAGUGUGCUUUGAUGUUAAUCCGGGUCCUCUCGGUGGCGGGAAACAGACGAUUCCACAUUCUCUUCUUUAGCUUCUGCUCCUUCUGCUCUCUGUUGAAACACUUUAAAGCUAUCUUCACUCAGAACCUAAUACUUAUGCCAAAUAGCCCCCUCUAUAUUUAACAGCUUAUCUGAAAGGUCUGUUAAUUAUAUUUAACCAACAGAGGCUACAUCCGUUAGCAUUGACAGCUAAACUAGCAUAAGCUAAUAGUUAGCAUUAGCCGCUAUUAGCUGGAAUCCAUUGUUCCUGAUUAAGUUUGGUUAACUCAACUGAAGAAUGGCAACCGGGAGAAAACAGAUGAAGAAGAAACACCCAGAAGACACAUUGGAUCAAAAAGUGUUUGAUUUUACUGUGGAGGAAAAGAAGGGUCUGAGCGGCUCAGAGGAUGACAUCAGGGAAGAUGAAACUCCAGUUGUUGACAAGUCGGCCAAGAAGAGACCGGCAGAGGACUUUGAUGAAGAGGGGGCCACAAGUGCUGUGGGAAACGAGGUUCAUAACAUGUUGGAGAAAUUCGGAGCGGACAUCAGCAAGGUGAUGCAGGCCAAGAAGAAGCGCCUGGAGAGUCUGACCAAGAACUACAUGAAGGGGAGCCAGCACAAACUGGAGACCCUAUGGAACAGCUACAGCUCCCAGAGGCAGAAGAUGACUCAGCAGUAUUCGCAGCAGGUGUCGUCGGCACUGCAGCAGUGGGAGGCUGAGGCCCAGCGCGCUGAGGAGCAGGAGGAGAAGCUCAACAGUCUGUUCAGGCAGCAGCAGAAGAUCCUGCAGCAGGCCCGCGUCGUGCAGAACCAGAAACUGAAGAUGGUCCGGGAGCUGUACGAGCAGUUCAUCAAGAAUAUGGAGGAGAUGGAGAAAAGCCACGACUCGUUCCUGCAGGGGGCGCAGCAGGAGCUGAGGAAGGAGAUGGCCACGCUGCAGAAGAAGAUCCUCAUGGACACUCAACAGCAGGAGAUGGCCACGGUCCGAAAGUCUCUGCAGUCCAUGCUGUUCUGACCUGCUGCUGUUACCACGGCGACGGAGCUGGGGUUUAACCGCUUUGAGGAUGAAUUCUGGGAUGUGUUUGUUGCCACGGUCACCGUGGCUGUGGGUCCCUCAGCGUUGUCAUGGUCUGUGUUCUGUUUGUGAUCUGAGUGUCGACACGUUUAAAGCUGAGCUCUGUUUUACUCGGCUCUCCAACAAGUUCAUCCUGAGAGCAAAAAUAAAGGA